AUGGUGGAUUUGCGACCGCAAUCGUCGCCACCAGCCGUCGUCGCGUCGCGGCAGGCGUCGCAAAGGUCGCACGAGAGCGGGGCGGCGAUGUCGAGCAUGCAAGAGUGGGCGCACGGUGUGGCGAUGGCUGCCGCGGUGCUUCAAUGUAGCUCUCACACAAGUGGGACACCUGCGCGCGGUCAAGAAACCGCGCGCGUAUCGGCGCGGGGACAAGGGCAAGCGCAAGCGCAAGCGCAAGGAGAGACAGCGCAGCCGCGUCACUUUGCGCGGCCGGCUUAUCCCCGCAGCCGCAGCACGAGCGCGACAACGGGGCCGCGCACCGCCGCCUCUUCCGCGCUUCCGCCGUUCCCGCAGAGCGCGUACCAUCCCGCGCAUCCGCACCAUCCCCAGCACCAGCAGAACCAGCAACGACAUGUCGAGUCGGCAACGCAGGUGCAGGAGCGGUCGCAGACAGAGUCGCAGUUGGGGGCGCAGAUGCGGCCGCAGCCGCAGUCGCAGUCGCAGUCGCCGUCGCCGUCGAAGUCGCAGAAGCAAGCGAGCCUUCUUCCGCCGCCGCAAGAAGAGGACAGCGAUGGUGGCAGCUGCGACGGCGGUGGCGACGGCGGCGGCGACGGCGGUGGCGGCGGUGUCGCUACAAGCAGCAUUAGCCCUGGGGGCGGCGUUGCGCUGGUAGCCAGCGCGCAACCGCGGCUGUUAGCCCGGCGGGCCGCAGGCGGCACGCGCGCACCCGCGUGGGUAAGCAGGCGCACGCUGAGCCUACCGGAGCGCAUGCAGCGGAUGGACGCUGUUGUAGGGGGAGGAAUCGGCGCAGGGGCAGGCGGGGAUGGGGAGGCCGGCGCGGGCGGCGGAUCGGCCGAAGGGGAUGGCGAGAUCGGAGGAGCGCCAGGCGAAGCAGGAUCUCCAGCCUGUGCCAAUGGGAGCGCAACGAUCAAGGCAGCUUUAGACGCGGCCAUAAAAUCCGCCGUCGCAGCCGCCGCCUCCGUCGCCGCAGUUGGCGCGGAAGGAUCGCCGGUUGCGGAUCCGGCGGCGGGAGAUCCCCCCCCCGGCGGUGUGGCGGCUUCCGCGGAAGCUCCGCCAGGUGGAGGCGCGGAGGAAGAUGGUCCGCGGCACGCCCACAAGUCGCUCUCCACGGGAACGACCGUGGGUGCCGUGGGGAGUCGCAGCGGGGGGCGGCGCGAGGCUAUCACGGUGAAGAAGCUCCGGGCAGCGAAGGUUUCUAAGCUGCCCAGUUUCAACCAUGAGCCAAUCAUCCCCUCCACAACCCCCGAAUUCAACGAAUGGGAAAAACCCGUCACUCCCCCCAGCGACCACCACUACCAGCACUACCACCAGUACCAGCAGCAGCAGCAACACCACCACCAGCAGAACCAGCAGCAGCAGCAGCAGCAGCACGGGUACCCGCCAGUAUCCCCGCCAUCGUUGGACGACCCAGCGUCGUUCAGCCAUCCGCCGCAGUUCAGCUGGCAUGAGGAGGCGCGCGGAUCGCAGUCCAUGGGGCCGCGCACAGGCAGUGGCGCCGCGGUCGUGGCGGCCAGGCGCUCGUUCAAGUACACGCAGCAGUUCCAGCAGCGCGGGGAACAGCCGCGGUUCGGACAGCACCUCUUCCCCGACGCUGCCCCUUGCCCCCAGCCUGAAUCUCCCCUCGACCGCUCCCCUUCCGCCCAGGUCACCUCGUCCGCGCAGAGGCAGGGGCAGGGGCAGGGAGAGGGGCAGGAGCAGGCGCAGGGGCAGGGGCAAGGAGUGGGGAGGGGUAAGGGGCUGAGGCGUUUCAACGCGUCUCCCUCGUUUCCCCGUCGCCCAUAUUCUUCACCCUCCCUUGUCCAUCGAUCGCCCUCCCCCUCCCUCUACUCACACACCCCGCUGCAACGCCACUACCACCAGCAGCAGCAGCAGCAGCAGCAGCAGCCGUCACAGCAGCCGCCGCCGCCGCCGCACCAGCAGCCACCACAAGAGGUGAUUCAAAUGAUCCCAGGUGUCUCCUCCUCCCCUCCCAACAACCUAUCCCGCUCCCCUACCACCCCACCGCACUCCACCCGCCCACACCGCAGCAUAAUCCCCACAACCUCCCCCACCAAUCCCUCUGAAGCAGCUUUUGAACCCUUAACACCACCGAACCCACCAUUCCCCACUCUCCCUUACCAAAGCAUCAUCCCCACGGCUUCCCCCGCCCUGUCCUCCUCUCCCACUUUCGAACCUCUGAAUCGAGCUCCACCGCACUCCACCCCGCCCGACCGCACCAUCCCUCGCACAGCCUCCGCACCUCACUCCGAACCAGCCGGGGAGACCCUGACUGGGCUCAACCCACCGUACUCAACCCUUCCCCACCGCAGCAUCAUCCCCACGGCCUCCCCUGCCCAUUCUUCCGGGCUGGGUCGAAGACCUAGCUCUGCUCGACGCGCACACACACAGCAAGGAGCAGCGGUGCGGGGAGCAGAUAGUUUAGUGGUUACUAGCAGUGCUUUGGGACGCACACAAGCACAGGCAGAGGCACAGGCAGGGGCAGAGGCAGAGGGAGAGGGAGAGGGAGAGGAGAAGGCACAGGAGGGGUUGGAGGUUGGGAAGAGUGGGUUGUGGAGAGGGGGGGAGGAGAGGCACGGGUUUGGGGAGUGGCGGGUGCGGCGGUUGUUUCCGGGAGAGAGCGCGGAGCAAGGAGGAGGAGGAGGAGACGGGGGGGCGGUGGGAAGGGUGCAAGCGGGGGAGGUGCGCUCGGGGGAGGUGCAAACGGGGGAGGUGCAAACGGGGGAGGUGCGAGUGGGGGAGGUGGAGGCAGGGCGGGGGGAGAGACUGAUGGCAGUUCGAUCGUUCUGCAGUGCUCAGGGGUCGCUGCUGAUGCACAGUGGUUGUCUGGAUGGUGGUGGUGGUGGUGAUGGUGGUGGUGUGGCGAAUGCUGCUGAUGUGCGGUAUGCUGUUUCUGCCACCAUGCCCUGUGCUCCCGCUUCUGCUUCUGCUUCUGUUUCUGCGUCUGCUUCUGCUUCUGCUGCGGCUGCUGCUGCUGCGGAUGCUUCUGCUUCUGCUUCUGCUUCUGCUGCUGCUGCAGUCCCUGCUGCUGCUUCUGGUGCAGAGGCAGUGGCUGCAAUGGCUGGAAGAGAAACGGAAGCAGCACAGGCAGCAGCAGCACAGGUAGCAGCAGCAGCAGCUGUGGGGAUGGUUGAGAGGGGGAGAGAAGGCGCCACUGAAGCGGCAGUGCAGGUGGAGUGUGGUCAGGAGGAGGACCAUUGUAGUGCUGCUGGCGAGGCAGGGGCUAGUACUGCGCAUUCUGCUUCUGCUGCUGCUUCUGCUGCUUGUGCUGGUGAUGACUCGAGUGUUGUUCGUGUUGCUGCCGGCCCUGUUGGUGGUGCUGCUGCUGCUGCUGCUGCUGCUGCUUGUGCUGCUGCUGAUACUGCUAAAUGUGCUGAUGGUGCUGCUGCUGCUGCCAGUAACACACGCGGCAGCAGCAGGCGGGCGAUUUUCACCAAGGGGCGGACGAGACAGGGGAGCUUUGGGCGGGCUGUGGGGAGCAGGCGGAGGAGCGGCGGCAGUGGGGGGGGGAGCAGGGAUUUCGGCAGUGGGGGCAGCGGUGGUGGUGAUAAUGCUAGUCUGAGUAGCUUUGGCUUGAAUGGUGCUGAUUUGAGUGAAGGGCUGGUGAUUGCAGAGGAAGAGGGGGUGGUGGAGAGAGGGAGCGGAGAGAUGAGCAGGAGUAGCAAACCCGGCAGUGAGGCGGGUGCUGGUGGGGAGGGGCAAAGGAACAGCUUUGGCGUGGACGGAAGAGGUGGUGAUGAGGGAAGAGAGGGAGAGGGAGACCAGGAGGGAGAUAUAGAGGGAGGUAAGGAGGAAGGUAGGGAGGUAACGGGAGUAGACCGAGAGCAGCAGAGGGAGCAUCAGAGGGAGCAUCAGAGGGAGGAGCAGGGGAAUCGAGGCUGGGAGCAGGGACAGUGUCAGCAGGAACUUGCUGGUGGUGCGGUGGAGAGGGCUGGGAGGGAAGUGGGUAUGGGCUACGAGGGAAGCCAAGGCUAUGUCUGCAGGAGUGACGGUGGUGAUCAGGGUGAUGCUGCUGCUGCUGCUGCUGCUGCUGCUGGUGGCGCUGUUGCUGCGGCUGACUGGCACGGUACCAGCAGUGAUUGUGGCGCUGGUUUCGGUGAUGCUGGUAGUACCACACAAGGCAGCAGAGACCACAGCGGCGGAGCAGAGGAGGCAGAGGCGUCAGGAGAGUAUGAUAACAUCCGGUGGCCGCAGCCUAACCCGAAAAUGGCGGCACGUGCAGAGAAGGAGAAGGAGAAGAAAAAGGUACGGUGUGUGGUGAAGUGGUAA